AUUCUUCCAAGCUGCGUAUCCGUAGCCCUCCGCAUAGGAAUGCAUUAUUGUUACACUUUCCAUGUUUAUCUUCGCGAUUCUGGGUUAAUCGCGAGACGAAUUAAGAAGCACGAAACUAGAACGCAGCUAAUAAGACGAGAAUUGUAUCGAAAUGAAAAACGAAUGACCGAGAAACUUACGAACGGAGAAAGUGAACACUCGCAAAAGGAAGAGACUUGAAUUUAGAGAACAGUGUUCCGCGAACACCGAGUCGAGGAAUUAAUUAGAAGUUCGAGCAUCGAAAGAAAAAUUCAGUAAAAGCAUCGAGAAUAAAUCACACUACGAUUUGUUUUUAAACAUUUUUUCGAUUGUUACCUAAAAUCGAAGCUUUGCUCGCUUAUAAGAAAAAAAAUUUGAAUAUCCAAUUACUCUGUAAACGUAUUCAAGAAACAUACGACGAACAAAUACUUUUGCCUACCAUAAAUGAUGUUUAAGUACAUAUUGACUGUUAGAUCGUUGGUUCUCUUGGCACGUGUUCAGUCGAGAAAUUUAAGAGAUCGAAAGAGAUUUCACGCUUGUUCGUUAUUUCGAACGUUAAUAUUCUAUUAAUUCGUUGUUUCGAAAUACAACCUAAGAAGAAAACUUUACAAUGUAACCUAACCUUAUUUGAACUGAACACGUACCUAACCUAUUUAAUAGAAGAUAUUUUGGACAUGUACCACCACGAGGCGCUGCGAUUCGUCGUACAAUCAAACAUAUUUAACCAUUCUUUCGAAAGUUUUCGAAUAAAACGAUAAGAAUCUCUGAUAUGAAUGCAUCGGUCCGUAUGGAAGAAACAUGUUUAAGCGUGUAAACCGAUUUUUUUCACCGCCGAAAACUAUUUAGAACGAUAAGAAAAAUUGCAUUAGGAAUGGCGCCAAGGUGUCGCCAUUUUCAUGAAACUUUACCAAGACGGUAAAUCGAGAAGGCUGUGGAGAGGAAGAAUUCCUAAAAGGGAGUGUGCGUGUCGGAAAACUAGAGGAAAAAUUACGAAAAAGCAAGAAUAAUGUACUGGCCUGUGUAUCAAAAAGAACGGGACUGAGUUCAAUACACAAAAAUGCAAGCUGAAAGUAUUUGUACUAAUGAUAUUGAGGGUCUGGACCCGGAUACUCUUAUUCCUGUCGAAAUUCUUUCUUGUGACGUUUCUCAUCGUGCAAGAUCCCAAGAUGCCUUAUCGAUAGUAGAACUAGGAAAGCAACUGCUUUUUAGCGCAAAGUAUGGAGACACUGAUAAUGUUCGUGACCUAAUGUGCAGAGGAGCGCCGUUUACUACAGACUGGUUGGGUACUAGCGCGUUGCACUUUGCUGCACAAAAUAAUCAUACAGAAACUGCAGAAGUUUUACUGAGAGCAGGAAUUUCAAGGGAUGCGAGAACAAAAGUAGAUAGAACACCUUUGCAUAUGGCUGCAUAUGAAGGCCAUCACCAGAUAGCACAAUUACUUCUUAGUUAUGGUGCAGACGUUGACAGUAGAGAUAUGUUAAAAAUGACUCCCUUGCAUUGGGCAGUUGAAAGGGAACACGUAGAAGUAAUGCAUGUUUUAUUAGAGCAUGGUGCAGAUGCAAAUGCCACUAGCAAGUUUGAUAAAACUCCGAUAAGUCUUGCAUUGGAACAUGACAGAUUAGAUUUGGUAGAUAUAUUGCAACAAGAAAGAGAAAUUGUUGGUGUUAGAGCUCAUCAACAGAAUCAAGCGAAUUCAGCGGAACUCGAAGUGGCAACUCAUAAUUUAAUACAUUUAGAAUCUGAAAAAGAUGAAGAAGACCAAAAAUUUGAAUUGUUGCAACAACAAACGCAACCAAGAGGAAAGAUUACUCAUGUAGGGAAGAAAUCUCGGAUGCUUUUCCAACAAAUUCAUGUUGGACCAAACACUAACGACGACCAAGACAAAGGGAUCGAAGAUGUGGAUGAAAUUCCUAAUGGAAAUAACACUAAUAGCAUUAAGAAACGUAAAGACGUUACAGCUGUUGGAGGAGUGAACAAGCAGUUUAGGUUAUUAGAAGCUCAUGGGAUCACAAUGAUACCUGUAGAUAAUGACUCUUCAAUUGUGGAGAACGCUAUGGAAAGUGGAAGAACAGUUGUUUUGACUGAAGCUGGUAAGCUUGCUUUAAAUUUAACCAGAAACUCUUCGAUAGGAGUGAAACGACUUCAGGCAGCUGGGAAGAAAUCUCCAAGAAAAGUGAUAGCGAUUAGAGCAGAUCAAAUUUUAAAUCAUACCACACCCAUGCUUCCUUCUAGAGGACCGAAUAUAUUGAAAAGAUCUUCUGUAGAUAAUAAAGCUGGCAAAUUAUUCAUUUCAUCUAUUUCUAAUACUACACCCGUAUCGACACUCACACAGUCCAAAAACAUCGUUUCUUCGCCAGAGAGCAAGGUCGUCGGUACACCAACAAAAAUCACGGAGCCAAUAAUUUUGCAAUUAGACGAUGAUAUAGAAGAAAUUAUCGAAGACGAUAAUACAGAUAAUAACGAACCAGUAAUGGAUAUUGCUCUUUUGAAUAGACAAUUAGCGGAAGCACGAAGACAAGCAGCCGAAUAUCGUAAACGGCUUCAAAAGAAAGAACAAGAGGCAGAAAUUUAUAAACAACAACUGAAAACCAUUACAGCGCAAAGAUCAGCCAAGUGAUUCUGUAGCAUUAUCAAUUUUGCAUUAAGCUUCAUUUUAUGAGUAGCCCUGCUUUUUCUACAAAGGAAUUUUUUUUUUUACAUAUACAGUUCUUCAAUCUUACUGAGGAGUUCAGUUGAAAAUUGUAUCUCUAUACUACAAGAUGUUUUUACUUCAGUCUCUCAUUGCAUAGCAUUAUAAUAGUACUUACGCAAGCUUUUCAUCACUAACUGCUUACAUUUUUGUAAAAUAUAUCAUAAAGAAUCUGUGAGAUUCUUCGGUUUUUCAUUUUACAGGUCACAAUUCUAUGUUAUUUAAUACAUGCGUGCUUUAUAAAAGCAGCAUAGAAUAUAUACAUACACACAGAGAUACAUACACACAUUUAUAUAUAUAUAUAUAUAUAUAUACAUAUAUAUAUAUAUAUGUAUAUAUAUAAUUAAGUCUGACUUAUAUAGCAAAAAAUGUUUUUCUAAAGAUGUAUGUAAGCACACAAGACGUUUCUUUGCUUUCCACAUGAUAUCUCGCAGUGAAUUGUAACGGAAUUCCCUUUUAUAUGCAGUAUCGCUAGUUUCGAAAUAAUUCUAAUUGAAUUUUCUGCGCCAAAACGAUUGGACGUUGAUGCGUAAACAUGUUACACGAUUUUAAUACUUACUAUUUAAAUACUUCUGUUAUGAAAUACUAUUAACGAGCAGUAGUUACUAAAACACUGUAUAAAAUUUUCAUACUGAACAUACGUUGCAACAUCUUAAUACAAAAGAGAAGAAAAAAAAAAUAUAUAAUGAA